AUGUUGCCUAUUCCAGCAGUCUCCACUGCGCGAAAAUUUCAGGUUCAUGGACCAAACGAGCCUAAUAUGAUUGAUUUCAAUAAUAUGAACCAAAUCGUGUCGCAUCGUGUACCGACCACUCGGAUCUCCACAUUUCUUGUCACUCUCAUCUCAUUUCUGCUGGUUUUGGUGGUGUUCGCCACGUGUGUCAUGUGUAUCACUUAUGUGAGAAGGAAACUGAAACGGAGACAGGAGAAUAGUCUUCUCUGCCGUGACGCCACAUCGGAAACCCUCAUCGAAUCUUCAUUAAUCAACAGUGAUACUCACACAAUGUACAGUGCAAUUGAUGUUUGA